AUGCCUAAAAUGCCUGCCUGCAUGCCAAAACUCACCAAGGUGGUGACAUAUCACAAAUUGUGGGCUGUGUUCAUUAUCACCUUUCAGUUCCUGUGUUUUGUCUACAUAAUGUUCUACUGGAGAAUCACUGAGGAUACCAACAAGAGUCAGCUGUAUGACUUAAUUCUGGAAGUGAACUGCCAUCACUUUGUACCUUCUCCUCCAUCUGUUUCUGUCAGUCCAUCUCCAACACCAGGGAAUAUAUUCUUCGUGGAGACCUCAGAACGUAUCAACCCACAUUUUCUUUUUGUGUGCUCUGUUGAAUCAGCAGCCAGGGCUCACCCUGACACCAAAGUUAUCAUCCUUAUGAAGGGCUUAGCAGAUAAAAAAUUUUCCCAACCAAAACACUGGGGGUUAUCCCUACUGAGCUGCUUCCCCAAUGUGGAAAUUCGGCCAUUGGACUUAGAUGAUCUGUUUUCAGGUACACCUCUGGCUGACUGGUACUCACAGGCCCAACACAGGUGGGAACCUUAUUUCUUAGCCGUCCUUUCUGAUCUCUGUAGAAUUGCAAUUAUGUGGAAAUUUGGCGGUAUCUACUUAGACAAAGACUUAAUAGUCCUUAAAAACUUAGGGAACCUCACUAAUGUAUUUGGCAUCCAGUCCAAAUAUAUACUGAAUGGAGCCUUCCUUUCCUUUGAACCCAACCACAAGUUCACAGAGCUCUGCAUGAAGGACUAUGUGGACCAUUACAAUAGCUGGAUAUGGGGCCACCAGGGACCACAGCUUCUUUCCCGUGUUUUCAAGAAGUGGUGUUCCAUCAGGAGUCUCCAGAGCAGUAAAGGCUGCAAAGGUGUCAGCACCCUUCCUCAAGAAGCCUUUUAUCCUAUUCACUGGCAGGACUGGAAGAAGUACUUUGAAGAAGUCAGUUCUUCAGAGUUUCAGAAACUCUUCCAAAACAGCUAUGCAGCACAUAUUUGGAAUAAAAAGAGUCAGGGGACCAGGUUUGAGGUCACCUCCAAAGCUCUGCUGGCUCAGCUGCACUCACGCUAUUGCCCUUCUACAUAUUGGAUGAUGAAGACUUAUUUGUGA